AUGUUUGCCCCACGGGUCAACACCAAAAUCUGCUCUCCAAAACAGGCGAGCCAGCUCAGCCGAGCUGUAGCUCCUCUGCUACAGACCUACAUAUCCUCCGGUUCUUCCUCCUCAGUAGUCGGCCUGCGGCUGGCUGCAACCUCUGCCUCGCCCUCCAGCCAGCACCGGCGUUUCUCAUCAACCCCGGCAAACCACCUGCGCGACUUCUUCCCCGCCAAAGAAACCGAGAAUAUUCGUACGACGCCCCCGGCCUGGCCUCACCAUGGCUCUACAGAGGCCGCGAUGCUGGCAGUCGAGCCCGGCCAUCGCCCGCCCGUCACGCUGGGGGACCGCUUCGCCUGGCGUCUGAUGAGGCUCUGCAGAUGGGGGAUGGACACGGUGAACGGGCUCAGCAAGGACCAGAAGACGGACAAGAAGAGCCCCACCACGGCGGUGGUGGCCGACAAGCCGCUCACCGAGGCACAGUGGCUGGUCCGCUUUAUCUUCCUCGAGUCCAUCGCUGGUGUACCUGGUAUGAUAGCCGGUAUGCUACGACACCUCCACUCGAUCCGGCGCCUGAAGCGCGACAAUGGCUGGAUCGAGACGCUUCUCGAAGAGUCUUACAACGAGAGAAUGCACCUCCUGACAUUUAUGAAGAUGUGUGAACCAGGCUGGUUCAUGAAGUUCCUCAUCCUGGGCGCGCAAGGCGUCUACUUCAACGCAAUGUUCCUCAGCUACCUGAUCUCUCCCAAGAUCUGCCACAGAUUCGUCGGAUACCUCGAGGAGGAGGCCGUCCACACCUACACGCGAUGCAUUCACGAGCUCGAGGCUGGGUAUCUUCCGAAGUGGACAGACCCGAACUUCAAGGUGCCGGACAUUGCCGUGACAUACUGGAACAUGCCGGAGGGUAAGCGGACGAUGAGGGACCUGAUCCUGUACAUCCGCGCCGACGAGGCCACCCACCGCGGAGUCAACCACACGCUUGGCAACCUGAACCAGACGGAGGACCCGAACCCCUUUGUCAGCACAUACAGGGACGGCCACAAGCUUCUGCCAAUGACGAAGGCUGAGGGAUGGGAGAGGGAAGAGGUUUUGUAA